AUGAACGAUUCUAAUCAAAGCAUCGUGCUAAACGAGAUUGAUCCCGGAUCUACAGAAGUAUCUGAGAUCGAGCAGCCCACACUUCCUCCAGCAGAUGGAGGGAAAGCUGCAUGGCUGAUGUUAGCUUCAUGCUGCUUCAUUCAGAUACCAGUCUGGGGGUUCUCCACUGUCUUUGGUGUCUUUCAAGAGUACUACUCAACACAUGACGUCCUACAGGGGAGCAAGAAUGACCUGGCAACUGUCGGAACUACUUCUACUGGACUCCUUUAUCUUCUCUCGCCUAUCACUUUUACGCUUCUAACGAGAUACCCGCAUCUACAAUACUAUUGUGCACCGGCAGGCUUGGCCAUCACCGUGGUAGGAUCUCUGUUAUCCUCAUUCUCGGUGCAGGUGUGGCAUUUGAUUGGCACCCAGGGUGUCAUGUGUGCCAUUGGGAAUGGGCUCUUGUUCAGUCCGUCUUCCUUGUACCUUGACCAGUGGUUCUUGCGCCGAAAGGGCCUUGCUCUUGGAACGAUGUGGGCUGCAAAGAGUAUUACUGGGGUUGCCUUGCCUUUCAUUGCUAGUGCUUGUCUGAAUAGGUUUGGCUCCAGUAAUACACUGAGGGCGUGGACUGUCGUUACGCUGUUAACCACCCUCAUGGCCUUACCAUUCAUGAAACCCCGUAUCCCAGUAUCGCCAUCUGCUUCAGCCCGCCGCUUGGAUCUGAGCUUCCUUAGACAAGCCACAUUCUGGAUGCUGCAAACGGGGAAUAUUAUCCAGAGUUUUGGAUAUUUCUUGCCGACGACAUUCCUCCCUUCUUAUUCGACAACGACCGUCGGGCUAUCCCAGAACACUGGUACAAUGCUGGUCUCGUUAUUUAACGCAACAUCUAUCUUUGGUGGGAUAGCGCUGGGAGCACUCUGUGACCGCUUCUCCGUCACAAACAUCAUGCUGCUAUCAUCGAUUGGCUCGGCAUUAUCAGUGCUUCUAUUCUGGGGUAUGGCAUCGUCAGGGUCGGACUCGUCACACACAGCCAUUGCCCUCCUUACUAUCUUCUCCAUCACAUAUGGCUUCUUUGCCGGUGGGUUUAGCUCCACCUGGUCUGGGGUGAUUACUCAGAUCAAGCGUGACUCAUCGCCAUCCCUGGACACUGGACUUGUGUUUGGUCUUCUUGCUGGUGGACGAGGGAUUGGAAAUGUUAUCAGUGGGCCUCUUAGUGCGGUGCUGCUUCAGUCGGGGUCUUUGGGGGAUUCGAGUGGCCUGAGUGGCAAUACUGGCUACGAAACCCAGUAUGGAACGCUGAUUCUUUUCACUGGAGUCACGGCCUUUUUCGGUGCAUGGAGCUGGAUGUGGCGGUAUAUCAGCCCUGCACUGAGGUGUCUCCGCUGA